AUGAAGAGAGGCGGCGGCGGUGGCGGCGAUUUUGGCUUUGAGGCAGCGAUGUCAGCUAUCAGUGUUGGUGGCACAUGUUGCCGGUCGAACGAACGACCGGCCGCUUGGCUGUCGCUGAGCUACAGUGUGUCUGCGAAGAGAAGGAAGAAAAAGCAGCAGCCAGGAGUGAAAGAGACAAGAUCACCAACAGAUCAUCAGCGAGGUCAUAAGGUGAAGAACAACAAGGGCAAUGGCCAGUGUGUCGAUGGGGUCAGAAGCGAGGUCAAUUUGAGGGCAAGCUUAGGAAAGGGAGCCGAUGAGUCGAGUUCUCGCACGGAACUGAAACUGAAACAACAGACGCGACCUCGCGCGGCAUGUGUGAUUGAUCCUGGCCUAACCAUCCAUUGUGCGGCCGGCGACUGUUGCUGCUGGCGAAUUUUGGCGAACGUCGUCGUAGUCGUCGUCGUCGGCCGGCGAAAAUAUCACGCGACUCUAUGA